AUGAAUCGCUAUACUCGCCGGGCUCUGGAAGACACUCCCUACUUCGAAGAGCCCUAUUACAACUCCUCAGCCUAUCUCCCCGAAGACCUCAUAUGUGAAGGCAGCGAUAACGAGCAAAGUGAGCAGGAAAUACGCGCGAAACGGAAGCGUUACGAAGAGCAUGCACGUCGAUACACCCGCGGGUUUAUGCCAACCCUGCAAUCUACGAGCCUGACGCAUUCAUUAGACAACUGGUCGAAUCCAUGGCGCAAGCAAUCGCACAUACGAGAAAGACCUGCGGCUCGAGUUGCCCAUUGCCAUACGCCCGAAUUGAAUGCGACCGACAACAGAGGGUGUGAACAAGAUGGGACGACUGAAGGAGGUGAGACAGGAGGACCGGACGACGAGACACGCUAUUCAAGCCUCCAAAACGAACAAAUUAGGUCCACUAUAAUACCGGCGUCCGAAGGUAGCCUAGCCUCUUCAUCAUGGGCUACCGAGCAAAACGACACCAUGAUGCUGCGACAGUCACAUACCCAGAACAUGGAUUCGAGACCAAAUGCGCAAAUCAGCAAUAACGAUACCUCACCACAUUCCGACGAUGAGCAGCACACUGGGCUACAAAGUAGGAAGAGGGGGGGUCUUGACGGUAAUCCGACAUGGCUUAAAGGCUCUUACCCUUCGAAACGUGCUCGUUGGGAGGGUCCAUCUUUGGCUACACCGACUCCAAAUUUGGCUGGAUUAAAUUCGAGGAUCCAACGACCUCGCCCGGCGGUUCGCCGUGAGCCAGGAGAUUGGGAUAGCACGCAACAUUUGUCUAGUCCAAACCCGUUUGCUAGCUUCCAAGAUAUUCCAAGAAAGGCAUUGCAAAACAAUAAUCAGGAAGGGCUCGUUCUACCUCCUGUGCAAACCCCUUUAUCUGGAAAUUAUCAAAUCAGUAAACAACCUCUAACUCUUCCAGGCUGGACUCCGGAUUUUCAGCCAUUGUAUUCGAAUACCAUGGUCAUACAUGACCAGGAAAUAACUUCAGAGCCUCCCACCCGAAUCGGACCCUCCCAAAGAUCUCGGCACGUCGAACGUCGAUAUACAGAGUCUCCUGUGGAAAGAGAAACGUUGUCCUAUGACCCAAUUCGUCUUUUUCCGCUAUACAAGACGCCUGGCUCGAUCGCCGGCAACAAAGACUUACAAUCAACUGGUCGCUAUACACUUCCAUUGUCAUCACCACUCACCGAUCCAAGGUCCCGCGCUGCGCAAACCACUUCUCGCGAAAAGGGCGACCUUGUCACUAAAGUCCCAGCUUUACUACAUUCUUCUGUGAAAAAACGUUGUGCGAGCCAGCCUGGGAUGGAAGAAGGAAACAGCUUUGUUACCGAGGUUGCAGCUGCAUCGCAAAAUUUGGAAGAAUUUCAAUAUCGAAAAAGACGGCCCAAGAAGGAGAAAUCAAGUCCUCUAAAGCUCCGCUCUAGUGAGCAUGAACACCAAGCAAUCUCAAUUGGUAGACAAUCUUUGAAGAUUUCUCAGCCGAUAAACAUUAGUGGUGGCGUUCCUGAAUUAAGUGAGGCGGCAUCGGAAAUUGGCGUGAUAGAACAAGGCGAGGGGAAGACUAACACCCACCAAGCCAUCCAUUUAGAGAUACAAGAAGCCGAAGUUGAAAAUUCGGUACACAAAGAACAUGGCGAAGAUGAAAAUGUUCUAGCAUCCGGCCCAAUCGCUCUUUGGUAUACUCAUUCUUCCCCCAAGAAAUCCUGUUCAAUACAAGAGGAGGAGAGGUCCUCGGAAAAUGAAGAAACAGAUGGUGAGGAUUCCUCGGACCAUGAGGAUGAGGUUGGCCAGUCGCUACAUAAUUUGCGAGACAUUCUUUCCCAGUCUAGCUCCCCUGUCAACGACCCACCUGAGGUUGUAGUUUCUAUUCCUGAAGAAGCUGUAGCCGAUAGCCAUAUCUCAGCCUCACCAAUUUUAUCGAGUCUAGUUCCAGUUUCGCAAUUACUGCCCAAUUCAGCACAUCAAAUUUCAAGGAAAUACUCCCCAGAAGGCGAUGAUAACGCCAAAGUGGAGACCUCAAGAUGUAUAUACGAUUUCAGUACGCAAUCCUUCAACACAACCCCCCAGCGGUCCGCAAUUCCUCAAUUAUCGCAAGGUUCCUCUGUAAGUUCUCGGGCUACUGAAAGCCACUCGCAAAAGAGAGGGAGAGACAGCGAAAGCGUUGAGCAGGCACCACUUGAGAGUCCGUUUGCUCCGCUGGAUGACGUUCUUGGGUCUGGUUCUUCGAAUCGCAUUGUACAAAGUGGUGAACCGGAUGUUAUACUUCGAUGUCGUUUGAGUACUUCUCCGCAUACUUCAGACCCAGCUUCAAGCCCAGUAAAUUCGGCACGGUCUCAGAUCAGUGGUUCUAUCAGUUCUAUAGGUCAGGAUGAUGUUGAGUAUGUUAGCGCCAGAGCUCCGCCUGAGGCGGUGGAUCUUGUGGUGGUCGACCAAAUACACUCAAAAACACCUGUGCAAGUUUCACAGGUUCUACAGCCCGAAGAACAAAGUCCAUGGGCAGUUGCAAGCAUUGUACCCCCUUAUUCAAAUGGUAUUCCUAGCGAGGUCAAGCAUACUCAAUCAAUCGAUCACGACUUGCAUGAUCGCGAGGCAAUGGACACUACGGACCACGCUCCCUUGGAGGAUACCUCCUGGCAGCACAUCGAGCGUCCACAAACACCCGAAAACGACGACUUGAGGCCAUUCAAUGAUUUGAUGACUCCGCCACCUCAAUUGUCAGCAAAAAGUCCCGAUGCGAGUGAGUAUGAGCCCCAGAAUACCCAGGAUUUGAUAGAAGCCGCAACGAACAACCCGUGGAAAACGCCCAAAAGGAAUCCAGCCAAGCCAGGAAAGAGGGUUUCGUUUGGGAUACUCGAAGAGGAAGAAGAGAAAACUGAGCCUGUCCGAAGCAGAAGCGUAAGGCGAUACUCGCCACCUCCUCUAAAAGCCAUCGAGCUCUUUGAAGAGGAGACAUUGGCUGAUGGCACUAUUGCUUCGGGGUUCAAGAAACAUUUCAGCGCCAUUAGAAAUCCACGACGAUUGAUUCUCGAGAAUUCAAUCACGAACAACAGCCCAUCUGUGGGUGCAAUGGCUGAGGCCUUUGUUACGGCAGAUCAAGAAGCACCAAAGGAAGCAUCUCGUGGACCUUCCCGUUACUUGAAGCCUCGCACUACCAAUGUUAUGCGUUGGGAUGACAGCGAGGAUCUUGAAGAUUCAAUCUCUAAUCUCAACAGCCCUACUAAAAGUAAGGGCGAUGGGUUUCAGACUAACUUUAACAUGGAUGAUGUUCUUGGGGAAGUUGCCGAUUUUCUAGGGGAAUGGUCGGUUGAGGCGGACAUUCAGAAAGCUAGAGAGCUGAACAAGACCAGUGAGGCCGAGGAUAAUGGUGCUAAGAGACGGAGACUGUUUGGAAUCACCUAG